GCGGGCUGGCUAACAUUCGAGAGGGAAACAAAGGCAGAGCGAACAUCUCGCUAUUGUUGGACGCCAAAACCCGGAAUAGUUGAGUUUUUGUCCUGGGUGCUUUGUCAGUUAUAGAAGGCUUCCGCCAUGUCUCACAAACAGAUCUACUACUCUGAUAAAUACGACGAUGACAAAUACGAGUACAGGCAUGUAAUGCUACCCAAAGAAAUUGCGAAGCGUGUACCCAAGACUCAUCUGAUGUCGGAGACCGAGUGGAGGAACCUCGGAGUCCAGCAAAGCCAAGGAUGGGUGCAUUACAUGAUCCACCAGCCAGAGCCACACAUCUUACUAUUCCGGCGUCCUCUGCCCAGCCCAAAAUCAUAAGGGAGACUCUCUGGGUCCUUGGAAGAUCAGUCCUACCAAUGUGCCGCAGAUCAACUCAUCACAAUCGUGCUGUCAGAUUACCAAGCUCCUGAGUGGUAGGUGACGUAUGAUUGGGGCUGAUCACGUUGGACCUGGAGAAGGACCGUCACGUUUACGAACAGUGGUUGUGGAAUGGAGGAAAAAAAGGAAGGAAAGGAAAAAAAAAAGUUAAUGACCCCUCCUCUGGGGGGGAAAAGACUUGUGCAUGUGUUAACAGAGACACAUCAUCUGCCAGAAACAUUCGAAUCAGCUUAAACUGUCCUUUUGACUGAACCUAUCUGUCCAACUUGCUGAACCUGCUUCUUGGAUGGUCCACCUUUUUUAGAAAUGCUGCUGUAAGAUCUGAAGAAUGAAAUAUGAUCAAACAUUUGAAGUAAUCUCGCAGAGUGCCUUCAGGGUGAAGCUCAGGUCAGACGACAAGCCAGACAGAAUAGCUGGAUCCUAAAAUACGAGAGACUCUGAAACAUAAAUCUGCGGUUUUUCCGUGACAUGGUGCUGCUCAGUUUAAAUGACACUGUAAAUUGGCAUUUAACAAUAUAUUUUCAUGUGCAUGAAAAUCCGCAUCAAGGAGUCGUACAGAAACGAGUUUUGAUCCCAUUUUCAUAAGAGCAUAUAAUUAGUUUUGGCCUACUUUCAAACAGCAGAUCUUUCUGAUGGGACUGAUUGUACCAGUGAGCUGCUCAGUAUUUAUGAAAUGUGUUGCCCUUACUGAAAUAAAUAUAAACUUUUAAAUCUUAUUAGUGUGGACUUGUGUUUUGGCAGUAUUUGGGGUUUGCAAUUACUGUACGACUACACAGCCACUUUACACCUGCAAAUAUAUCUAAAAAGAAUAAAUGAAAAUGUGAGACAGUUUGAGGCCGACACUAAAGAAAAUGCUCUCGUUGACUGAAACAGGAUCAUUGCAGCAGAUGUUGGAAACCAGUUGUUUUACUUUUGGACGAUUUGAGGCACUUGUUUGUCGUACUUCUGAAUAUUUGCACCCACCCUGAGGUUUCUUUUUGUCCCUCCUUUACUGUUCAUAUAUGGAGCUGCUCCAGUGUCAGAGACCAAAGUUAUGUCUUGAAUACAGGAUCUGUGCCUUUUGUGAAGUUUGCUUUUGUUGAGCUCUCUGAGAGAAUUAGUUUUUAUAAUUACAUGUGUGACUCUCGGGAGUUUCUGCCUUUCAGAAUUAUUUUUUUUUCUUCUUUAAAUCGAUAUUUGCAAAGUCACGGUUAAAAUGAAAUGAUGUUGGCUGACGUCCCUGUGCCUCUUUGAGACUUUUUGUGUGAUGGGGUUUGACCUUGUCUGGUAAUUUUUUUUAACAAUUACACUAGAGGUGCUACAGAUGGAUUGUGGAGUUGAUAAACGUCCUUGUUUUUGCAUUGAAACACUAUGUAGCUGCAACGAAAUGGGGAAAAAACUGUACCCAGCUGUGUUUGACGGUUUUUAUUCACUCUGUAAGAUUCACACAUCUGAACAAUCAGCGCUUUGUGAAUUCACCAAAUCUUCUCCUUGGUAAAACUGCAACUUAAUUUUUCCAAAAACCAUCUUUGUUUUUGACUUUUUCCAGAAAAUGCUACAAAAUGAUAUGGAAGUAUUGCCUACCCUUCUCUGAUCCCAUCACUCCUGUGUGUCCAUCUGCUCUUUACAAGUGAAUCAUCCACACUAACAGUCCUGAUAACUGAUGAGCUCCUUGGGAUACAACGUUUUAUUUUUUUUAAUAUAGCACAGUUAUUGGAGUGCACAUCAAAAAACAUUAGUUUUAAAAAAAUUACAAAACUAAGAUGCAACAAUGCAAAAGUCAGUGUUAAAAAAUCAUUUUGAAGCUUCUUAAUUAGAUGCUUUGACCUCUUCUGGAAGGUUUUUCCAGCGAUGAGGCUCCAGGACACAGAAUGUAUCAUCUCCAUACGUCUGAGCUCUAUACCUGAAUAUUUACAAGGCCACAGUUGGACUAUUUAGGGAUCUACAUGUGACAUUCCUAACCGGUAUAGAGCACAAUCUUAGGCUGAAUUCUAAAGUAAUGUUCUCGUAAUGUUCAGAUUUGGUGACAUGUGCUGCUGCAAAUCUGAAAAGAUUUCUCUCAAAGGCCAGACCAAUAAAGUAGUCAUGUCUGCUCUGGAAAAAAUACCUAAAUCUUUCAGUGUCUUCUUCAGACAGGAAAGGUUGCAAAGGAUGCACCAGGAAACGGUAACCACUGGAUGAACAUGAUAAAUUGAUGUGGAUCUGCUGUGUAGGCCGAAGCACAAUCCCACAACGCACGCCGUCUGAUGCCUUUAGCAUUACAAUUAGAUUUAGCAUUUAAUGACGAUCUGUGAAGGAGCUUCAUUCAUACGAGCGUUUCAAGCAGCGUGCUGGAAAAUUGCUUUCAAACGUUUAUUUUAACAUCAGCUUUCUACUUGCUUUGGACACACUUGCUUCACAAAUGGAGUGCUAAGCAUGACUGCUCGUCCUUCAUGUUUCUACUUGUACAUCUCUUUUUUUUUUAUUUUUGGAUAAACCAGACCCAGCUGGUACCAAUCGUUGAUGAUGCUAUAAAAUAAAACUGCUGGAAAAAAUGUGA